AUGCUCACAAAGGAAGAAGGGCCGAAUCAAUUCGGCAAUAAAUUGUACACUUUUGACUGUCGCUACGUCCUGGAGGUGCCCAAAGAAUACCAAGUGAAAGAAAUAAUUGGUCACGGCGGUUAUGGCAUCGUGUGUAGCGCUUUCAAUUCUAGUACCGACGAGCAUGUGGCCAUCAAGAAAUACAAUAAAAUCUUUGAUGAUGAUGUUGUUGCCAAUCGCAUUCUGCGGGAAAUAAAGAUCUUGAACCUUCUAAGCCAUCCAAACAUUAUCAGCAUUAAGGACAUCUUUAGACCAACUGACCCGACGAAUUUUAACGAUUUAUACAUAGUCACGGAAUUGAUGGAGGUUGACUUGAAGACGGUGCUGAAGAACUCGAAACAACAGCUCACGUUGCUGCAAUGUCAAUACAUUAUAUUGGAACUGUUAUUUGCACUGCAGUACAUCCACAGUGCAAACAUCCUGCACCGCGAUGUGAAGCCCGCCAAUGUCUUGAUAAACUUAGAUCUCAGUCUGAAGCUGUGUGAUUUUGGUCUGGCGCGGGAGAUCUGUAAGGACAUGUCGUUUUACGUCGUAACGCGGUGGUACCGGUCGCCGGAGCUUCUUCUGGGGUGUCAAGAGUAUGGCUAUGGCGUGGAUCUGUGGAGUUUAGGUUGUUUAGCUGUGGAAAUGAUCACCAGCAUGCCGCUGUUUCCCGGGAAAGAUUAUAAGCACCAGCUUACUCUGAUCACUAGCCUCCUCGGGCCGCUCGACAUCGAGCGAGACAUGCCCGCGGUUGAGACCGAAUUCUCUCAGCACUUUGUGCGUGAAUUAAAACACGAGCGCUCCUCCCUGGAAAAGUUUAUUCCGCAAAUUCGCCACCGCUUCAAUGAAGACAGUUUUUAUGAUUCCUACGAUGCCGAUGAUCACUCAAAAAUGUCCUCAUUAUCACCGAGGAAGCAAUACGAGCUAUUUGAGGACUUCAUCUUAGGUUUACUGAAGUAUAAGCCGAACGACCGCUUGACGGCGAGUCAGGCUAUCAUGCAUCCAUGGCUGGCGGAAUUACUAAAUUUGCAAACCGAAUGGGAGGGCUCAAAAACCACUGCACCGUUAAACAUAAGCUUCGAGAAAUAUGAUAGCUCCGCUAGUGAAAUUAUUAGACAGUUUCUCAUUCUAGAAAUUGACAAAUUUGCCGAACGAAAAAGGCUAAAUGCUAAAAACGAAAAUUAA